AUGACGAGGCUUGGCGAGAACUCCAACGUCCUUGCUUGCCCUCCACGAGCCUUGAGUCCUGCACAGAAGGAAGAGCUUGGGGCCCUCGGUGCCAUCGUCGGCCUCUGCUUGGUGAAUGGUAUGGCAAUCCCGAAGAUCACAGGAGAAUGGUUGAUCUAUCUUCUCAAUGGCUGCAACUUUGAGGCGAUCACGCGCGAGGUCACACAGGCCUUCCAUCCUCGUCUCGCAGCGGAGAUCAUCCAGCUCGACAGCAUUGGGCCGACUGGCGAUCUCACACCAUUUGAAGAAGACUUUGUCAUUUACCUUGGGAAGCAUACUGCAUUAUACACGAUUCGUGACGAAGAAACCCAUGCUGCUUUUGCCCCAAUGCUCCUGUACAAGGCUCUGCUAGGCGACGACACUGUUGCAGAGCAUACCGAUACUCGUGCUUUCCGCGCAGGCUUCGAGUUGCCGUGUCACAACGGGUUCACGUUGUCGAAGGCUGCUCAAGCAUUCGCCGGUGGACCAGCUGCACUCGUGAUGGCGGCCUGUUCGACGCGAAUUGGCAGCUACGAAAGCCUCAAGCCUUACCUCGAUAUUAUCGUCAAGCACACAGUCCCUCUUCCCCUGAAGACGAUCGCCUUCGACGAUGGGCGUGCCAGUCUAGGGGAUGUGGUCAGGGGCUUCCUCCAGCGCACAGGCAUUCCCUGCGCUGCGUCGUUCGAGAGGAAGCGAGCUGCCGGGACGUUCACCUCUGACCUCGUCUCACUUGAAGAGAUCGACUCUCCGAGCUUCCGCCCUCGCAUGCUCGCCAUCGCUGCCACUGGCUCCGACUCGAUUGUGGGUAGCGAGAAAAUCAAGAUCACUUUUGUUGGCAAUAGUGACGAGGCCUAUGCCUGCCCUGUCGCGAGCCGCGCAUUCUGCGAAAAGGAAGGCAUCGUCAGCUGGCAGACCUGCUUCAAGGAAGGUGUCGUUCCGACUGCCUACCUCGCACAGCUCGUCCACGAGGUAUACGAUCCGGAUUCGGUGGACAAGCCGACGUCCCUCCUCAAUGCAAUCGACAGCUGGCUUCUUGAGGAAUUGCUUUCUGCAAUCGCCAGUCCCCACGGUGUACCUCCAGAACUGCAAAAGCGCCAAGGCGCAGCCGCGACCUCCCUCCACUGCCCGGCGCGGCGAGGAGACUGGAGACUGCCGCCGAGUCCUCCUUUGGCGACCCUGCAGAUGCAACCACCCGGGCCCUACCCCAACGCGAACAUCGAUGCAGGAUCGCCGCCGGAAGAGCUGCGGCUGAGCUUUAGCCAGUACCUCAAGAACCGCAAACGCGCCGCGAUGGUUGAGCCCGGGGAGGCGUCCUCGGUGCGCGCGUUGCGGCCCCCGGCAACCUCGCGAGUGGGGGCGCAGCCCGGCUCUGCCGGCGUGCCGCGCGGGACCAAGCGCGGGUACUGGGCGGCGGAAGCCUGCGCCAUUGCGGCGUUGCAGCAGCCAGAAAGCCUCUGGAUGAUGGCGGCCUUCAUCGCAAACCUGAUCCAGUCGAGAGGGACGAACGAGAUGACGCCCGGCAGGUGCGCAGGCCCAUCUGCCGGCAGUCCAAGCAAGCUCUACAACCCCAAUGCCGCCAACCCCCGACGAGUCAUUCUCACCGCCGAGCCAGAAGCCAUGUCGGACGCCGCGCCGAGCCCGUAUGCUCCGCGGGGCCCCGCGCCAGAUGGGCCGCGCCAGGCUGCUUACCAGUCCAGAGUGGCACCCGAUUCACAUAGACAACUCUUCGAUCAUCGUAAGGAUGCCGUGUACGCAGCUCAGCCCGGCUCUCCCCAACCACCACCACUCCCUCCAGCUCUUCUAGUGGGGGGUCCACAGCACACGACUGCCCGCUCCUCUAACCCAGCUUCCUUCUUUACGAUGCGUGGUCUCGUGCGCGGCCUUCCGGAUGCGCAUUCGGAGCACUGUGCCGACUUCUUCGGGGAGCUUGAGUCGCGCGCGGAACAUCUCGAGCAGCUCAUGGAGGCGCAUGGGGCUCUGGGAAUGCAGAGCGAGCAGAUCUGCGAGCACGCCAGCGCGCCGUUCUUCAUGGUGAACCACCAUGCGUUCGCGAACCAGGAGGAUGCGCUGGGCGACCCGGCGCGUGCGCUGCUCCAAUUCAUGAUCGCGGCGACGCCGAACCAGACGCUGCCGAACCAGACGCUCGCGGAGGACCUCACGGAGAACCGUGCUGCGCACCUUGAGAAGAUGCAGUCAACCUGGGAGCCGCGCUUCGUCAGUGGUCGUGGCACGAUCUCCGGGCUUGUGAGCAACGUCCCUGUAAGGCGCCUUACUCGUCGUGCCUCGUAUGCGCUGCACCCAGUCUCUAUUCAAGAGGUGCGCCGGCGCGCCAUACGAGUCCUGGAGCAAACAAGGACAAAUAUGUAA